UUCCGCCCGAGACUGGCGCGUGUGCUUGCGCCAUUUCCAGCAUCCUGGCGUGCCUCCGCCCUCCCCACCUCCCUUCUCGGAGCGUCUGAAGCCCAGGCCCCCGGCCUCGGUCUCUGAGGGUCCUUGGGGGGGCGGGGAGCAGGUCUGAUGAGUAACCCCUCCCCCCAGGCCCCAGAGGAAGGAGCCUCUACGUCUGUCUGCCGGCCCCAGAGUUCCAUGGCCUCGGCUUCCCGCCGGCACCGGCGAGAGCGACGCUUCCGGCGGUACUUGUCUGCAGGACGGCUGGUGAGAGCCCAGGCUCUCCUCCAGCGACAUCCCGGCCUUGAUGUGGACGCUGGGCAGCCCCCGCCUCUCCACAGGGCCUGUGCCCGCCACGAUGCCCCUGCCCUGUGCCUGCUGCUGCGUCUCGGAGCUGACCCUGCCCACCAGGACCGCCAUGGUGACACGGCGCUGCACGCUGCUGCCCGCCAGGGCCCUGAUGCUUACACGGACUUCUUCCUGCCGCUGCUGAGUCGUUGCCCAUCUGCCAUGGGGAUAAAGAAUAAGGAUGGGGAGACUCCUGGGCAGAUUCUGGGCUGGGGGCCCCCGUGGGAUUCUGCUGAAGAGGAAGAAGAUGAGGAGGUUUCCAGGGAGCGGGAAUGGCGGCAGAAGCUACAAGGCGAGCUGGAGGAUGAGUGGCAGGAAGUCAUCGGGAGGUUUGAAGAUGAUGCCUCCCGGGACGUGCAGGAGCCCGAGUCCUUCUCAGCCUGGUCAGAGCGCCUGGCUCGGGAGCAUGCCCAGAAGCAGCGGCAGCAGCUGGAGGCAGAAAGAUCCUGCCGAACCCCCAGAGCUGAGGGCCCCAGUCACAGCUGGCGACAGCAAGAGGAGGAACAGCGGCUUUUCCAAGAGCGAGCCCGGGCCAAGGAGAAGGAACUGUGUGAGAGCCGAGCCAGGAGGGCUCAAGAGGCUCAACGGGACAAAGGGCCAGAGCCUCCCAGGGCUGGGCCCAGGGCAGAGCACCCGCGAGGGGCAGGGAGGGGCAGCCUCUGGCGCUUUGGCGAUGUGCCCUGGCCCUGCCCUGGUGGAGGGGACCCAGAGGCCAUGGCUGCAGCCUUGGUGGCCAGGGGCCCCCCUCUGGAGGAGCAGGGGGCUCUGAAGAGGUAUUUGAGAGUCCAGCAGGUCCGGUGGCAUCCUGACCGCUUCCUACAGCGAUUCCGAAGCCAGAUUGAGACCUGGGAGCUGGGCCGUGUGAUGGGAGCCGUGACAGCCCUUUCUCAGGCCCUGAACCGCCACGCAGAAGCCCUCAAGUGACCCUAGGGAAUGAGCAAGAACCUGUGGGGAUGUAGCUUCAAGGAUGGAAGGCAGCAAGAUCGUGAAUAGGGAUGGACAAGAGAGGCAACGGCUGCGCACAGAGAGGAUAUGGGACGGCUAACAUAAUGGGUGCGGGGGUGGGAUGGGGGAGGCUCUACCUCUGCUCUGGACUGCCAUUUCCUAAUAAGACUUGGUUCCACACCGCA